CGUUGACUUGCACACCACCGCGCAGUUUCGCUGCAGGUACAGAGUACACCUCCUGUACCGCAGUGCGCGUGUCCAUUCGUCAUGGACACUCGUGGCCUCACUUUGCGGCGGAAACGCAAGGAUCGUCCUACCAUAAGUGCACCCCAAAAUCCCACUGGUCCAGGCAUUACCAGGCCUGCAGCACAGCAGAACAAAGGCGGAAGUACUCUCGCUGUUCCGAAAGACCGCAAUGCGCCCACCGAAACGUCAGAUCUUGUGAAGCGAAGGUAUUCCACACGUUAUAACCAGCUUCCAGACUUCAGCAAGGCCGGCGCCCCUCCUGUUCCUGCCCUCCCAGGCACCGUAAAGCGACGUUCUCAAGGAGGCUCUCCCCGUCGACCAGGGACAUCCUCCUCCGCACUCCCCGUCGUCGUCGACGAUGAAGUCUUCAAGGACCCGAACUUGCAAACCGACCGUUAUGUUACCGACCUUCUAUCCGCUGCCUCCGAGCAAGACAUUCAAGAAUAUCAAGCCAAUCUUCAGCGGCUGAAGAAUCGUAACUCUGCGGAGUUGCAACAGAGUGUCUAUCAGAACAGAACAUCUUUCAUCAAGAUCAGCAAAGAGGCGGAGAAACUAAAAUCUGAGAUGGGCAUUCUACAAAGUCUCAUGUCCGAGCUUACCAGCACACUUGGACAAGGCGCCACUGUCGGCUCUAACAAUCUACUCACACCAGAGCUCACCCACACAUCUUCUCAGUCACGGCGCAACGCGAAUCGGACUUCAGUCGCAAACUUGGAGCAGAUGUGGAAUAUUCAACUCCAGGCCUUGUGGAAGAACAUUGAGAAGUCACAAAAGUUCCUUCCAGCCGUACCCGGCCGUCAUAUUGUUGCUGAGACGGGCAACUGGAUAGAGCUUGAUAGUGCGACUUGGAAGCCCAAACGUCCCGUGCACAUUGUGCUUCUCAAUGACCAUUUACUCGUUGCGUCUAAGAAGCGUAAACGAGUCGAUCCAAACGUUCCACAGCAGGGCCCUGCGCCAACCAAACUUGUUGCCGAAGAGUGUUGGCCUCUUCAAGAUAUCGAGAUUAUCGAUAUGGCGGCCAGCAUGGCCAAUGGCACUGGCGCCCCGGCAGAAGAGAGGGCCAUUGCUUCUGCAUUGACAAUCAGGUCCGGCGCACGAUCUUUGACUUACAGACAUGAAAAACGCGACGAGAAAGCCAAGACAGGCUUGAUUAUGGCUUUAAGGAAAGCCACUGAGGAUGUCAGAAAAGCGACAAAGCCUCAAGAGGACCAAAAUACUACCCAGACUGAAAGCUUGAACUAUUUCGCCGCCCGAGAUCCAGCUUCGGCAACGAACACUGACAUCAUUGAGGGUAUAACUUCCGCCAAAGAGAAGCCUGAGAUCCUGAUUGACGUGGAUGGCAAACAGCAGAAUUUCAGGUGGAUUGAGGGUCAAAUCGAUGACCUUGAUAUCGACAUAUCGCUCCAACGUUUCCCGGAGGCCGUUGAAAAGGUCGAGAAACUUCGACAGAUUGCCAAGGGUCUGAAGAACAACUCAAUCGCUCAGGACCUUAUCGCCGUCAAGGUCGACGAACGUGCCGCAAAACUCGCGACCGUUCUCUGCCGUGAGCUAAAGGAAACGCCCUCGUUCAUGGAAUCAACAAAGAGGAACACACAAUACCUAAUCAAACUCGGGUUUGAAGACAGGGCACGCGAGAUAUACCUGAAUGCUCGCAGUGAGACUCUCACGAAGCGUGCGAGGCAAUGUGUUUUUGACGGCGAUCUGCAACGAUAUGUGUUCUCAAUCUCUUACGUCUAUUUUACCAUUGUCAAAAAUACCGUGCUCAUCUAUCAAGCCUCGUUUUCACCCUCAACCAUCAGCGCGUGUAUCAAGUGGGCAAACGGCCAUCUUGAGACAUUCAACACGUUGCUUGCGCGACAGCUGAGCGCCGUUGAGAAAGAGGGCAAGCUAUGGAGAGAAUGCAUGGACGUCGUCUGGAAUCACGAAAGAGAGAUGCUCGGCGGUUUCGGGUUGGAUUUUAGAGCAGUCAUAGGGAGACGACUGGAGGUAAAAGAGGUGCGAAACGUCAAGGCAGAAAACGGAGAAAAGAGCAGGUCAAAGUCGAAUACGAGGGUACAGGCUUGGGAAGAGCGAGGACGAGACAAGAACCUGCCGAUGCCUGGACAAUUUUCUUGA